AUGCAUACAGCUUCACUUUCUCUUUUCGCGCUGGCAAAUGCCGCGUUUGCCGUAGAUGUGAAGAACUUCAUCUACAUCGUCCCCGAUGGAUAUGGGCCGGCAUCCCAAACCAUGGCUAGGGACUACGUUUCCUUGAUGCAGAAUGGCCAGAACGAAGGAGCUCCAGUUAGCAUACAACUGGCAGCAGACAAGCUGGUGAUUGGGAAUGUCCGCACCCAAUCCAGCGAUAACUUGAUCACAGACUCUGCAGCCUCCGGGACUGCCUUUGCCUGCGGCGUGAAGACAUACAACUCUGCUAUUGGCGUCGACCCUGACGGCAAGCCCGUUGGAUCCAUCCUUGAGGCUGCCAAGUUCGCGGGCAUGAAGACCGGCUUGGUCGUUACAAGCACCAUCACCCACGCCACCCCUGCAAGCUAUGCCGCUCAUGUUGCUAAUCGGGGCUCCUACGAAAAGAUUGCGGAGCACGAAAUAGGGUAUAAUCACCCGCUCGGCCCAGUUGUCGACGUUCUGCUUGGAGGAGGUCGAUGCUUCUUUAAGCCGCAAUCAGACUCGACCUCCUGCCGCGAAGAUGAACUCAAUCUCUUUGGGUUCGCCGAGGAGAAUGGAUACCACAUCAUGCAGGAUCGUCCUGCUUUUGAUGCUCUAAACAAGGGUCUUGGCGACAUCGGCAUCCCCUACAUUGGCCUGUUCAACGAUGACCACAUGAUGUACGAGAUUGACAGAUCUCGUCAACCCGAGAAAGAGCCCUCUCUUCUCGAGAUGGUUGAGACCGCUCUCAACUCCCUCACACAAGGUUCCCAAGACGUGGGAUACUUUCUGAUGAUCGAAGCCUCCCGUAUCGAUCAUGCUGGCCACGCCAACGACCCCGCCGCCCACCUCUUCGACACCGUACACUACAACGAGGUUAUGGGCUUCGUCCGGGAAUGGAUCGACAAGCACCCCGACACGAUGCUCAUGUCAGCCGCGGACCACGAGUGCGGUGGUCUUACGCUAAAUGGCUUUAACCCUCUUCCCAUGGCCAAUGUUAACGCCUCCACCCAAGCUCUCAUGAAGCUUUGGGAAGCAUACACUGGCUCUGACAAGAAGUCUUUCCUCAUCAGCGAGAUCUUGCCCGAAUAUGGUCUUGCCGACGCCAAAGAUGCCGAGAUCAAUACUCUCCUCGAAUCGAGCGAUCUGAGUUCUGAUCUUGGACGGCUGCUCUCUAGCAGGUCUGGUGUUCACUGGUCCACGGGCGGACAUACGGCCACGGAUGUCACUCUGUACGGCUAUGGUGCCGGCGAUAACGGUCGUGCCAUCAGGGCCGACAUGGCUGGUAAUUGGGACAACACCCAGCUGCCCAGGUAUAUCGAGAAGGUCCUUGACAUCGAUAUGAACGAGAUCACAACCCUACUCCGGGCCAACGGCACUGGCUGGACCGAAGUCAAAUCCAAGCUGCGUAAGCGUUUUGAUGAGCACAUUGACGGUCACAACCAUGGUCACUGA